UCAUAACAGUGUAUUAUGUUUUGUUGAUGGCCUAGUAAAGCAGCUGCUUAUAGUUUUUGUCUAACGUACAUUGUUAUGGAUGCAUCAGUGAUAUUUAUUGGAAAUAUUAAAGUUUACAUUUGAAUAUUAAUAUUUUUGUUGAUUGUUGAUACUGAGCAUCACGUUGGAGAUUAUUUUUACGUAAUAUUGUGUAUAAUUUAGUGACUUAUGGCAUUGUGCAUCUCAUGUACAUUUAGUGCUGUGAUACAUUUUGAGACAAGUAUUUGAUAGGAAAUAUAAAAUAUAUUAUAUUGUUAUCAUAGUUAACAUCACAAAUUGAUUAAAAUGAGUGCCAGUGUUUAUAAUCAGAUGCUUAUGUCCGAUUUGAGUAUUCUACGUACUGCAACAGCAACUGAGGUACGUAAGUCACCCUCACCCCGAGCUUUGGCUAAGGCUCGACGAAACCUAUUUGGUCCUGUAGAUCAUGAAUUCAAUCGAAGAUUUGUAGCUGAAGAACUUGCUAAACAACAAGCAUUAGCUGCAGAGAAAUGGAGUUUUGAUUUUGUCUCUGAAAAGCCCUUGCUGGGUCGUUAUAAAUGGGAAAGAUUCGGUGCCAAAACACCUAAAAAGCAAGACACCAUACUAUCCACUAGAAAUUUACAAGAAGUACCCACAGUGACAACCAGUACUCCAGUACAAGUUGAGACGGAAGAACAACCAACACUAAGACCAGAACGGGUUCAAACUGGUGAGAUAACUCCCCCAUCACAAAUUCAGAAGACGGAUGAAGUUAAUUCUUUAUCAAAAUCAUCAACUCGUCAGCCAAAAAUAACAAACUACAUGAAACAUUGCAAACGUUCGUUCUCCGGAAAAAAAGUAGAUGAAUCCAUGGUAAAGAAAAGGCGAUUAACACCAUCUGCUACUAGUAGUUAAAAUAUUUACAUAGUCUGUCUGGGAUUCUUUUCCACUUUUAUUAGGCUGUAAGCCAACAUACAUUUUUUGAACCAGAAUGAAAAGUUUUCAGUAUCAAUUUGCUAUAUAAAACAAUAUUCAUGGGCGGUAUGAUAUUUAUGUAUAUUUGUACAUAUGGAUUGUAGAAAUAUUUAAAAACAUUUUAUACUUCUGUAUUUAAUGGGAAUUUGACAAUAAUCAAUAAUGAUUUUGUCAAUGCAUAAAAUUGAUAAGUUACAAGCACAUUUUUUCUUACAUUUACACAGAGAUUUCAAAAACUA